AGCCAGAGGAGCGACGCUGACCGGCGUGCUGUCGAGCCGCCCGUCCCGGUGCCGUCGAAAGGAGAGCGAUGGAGCGCUGUCGUCGGCCGUGCCGGCUCUCGCUGCUGCUGCUGCCGCCGCUCUGGUGUGGACUCAUGACAGGAGUGCAAGCGGGGACCUGCUGGCAGGCGGACAAACGGGUCGGCCGCUGCACUAGCCUCCUGGAGAUGGGCAUCAGCCGCGAGGCGUGCUGCGCCAAGGGGCCUCAGAACACCGCAUGGUCCGACGAUGAGUACGAUAACGACGGCCGGCUCUUCUUCCAACGCACACUGAACGGCGGUGUUCCCUGCAGUCCGUGCAAAGCGAGCUGCUCCGACGUCAAGUGUGACCGCGGCGAAAAGUGCCGCAGACGGAACGGCGUGCCGCGCUGCGUAUGCGCGCCAAAGUGCCGGGUGCGCCGGGUUGGCCGCGGCCCCGUCUGCGGGAACGACGGCCGCACCUACCGCAACUACUGCAAGCUACUGCGGCGGCAGUGCCGCAAGAAGAGCAGUCUGCUGAUGGCCUACAAAGGAGCCUGCCAAACGUCCUGCAAGUCGGUGCAGUGCGCCAGGAAGAACGAACAGUGCGUGCUUGACCAGAACCGGAUACCGCACUGCGCUCCGUGCCUGCGUCGCUGCAGCGACCGCGCCUCCAGUCCCAUCUGCGGGGUCAACGGCGUCACCUACAAGAACCGGUGCCAGGCGCGGAGGGCGGCCUGCCUCAACGGCAGCGCCAUCCCCAUCGCCUACCGAGGACCGUGCCGACCGGGUCUGACCUGCUCCCGGCUGCGCUGCAAGCAAGGUCAGCGCUGUCUGCUCAGUCCCAAGACACGCACGCCCCGCUGCGUCAACUGCCAGCUACGCUGCCGGCGACGCGGCCGCGGCAAGCAGAUCAAGGUGUGCGGCUCUAACUACGUAACGUACCGGUCCUGGUGUCACCUGAUGAAGGACUCGUGCGCCACCGGCCUCGUCAUCGACGUCCUCCACCACGGAAAGUGCUACUCGCGGCGCUUCGAGGCGGGCACAGGUGACAACAACACGACGGCGCCCUUCUCCAGCAUCUCGUUCCUGCACAACUGAGCACCGGCGCCGGCGGCAGAGCACACCGAACGACCAUGAUGACGUCAGAUUGGCACGUGCAGGCGCGCGCCGCCACCGGCCGGAUCUGGCGCGCCGGCGGAUCGCGCGAGCGCGCGCGCGCGCCGCCGCGCCGUGAGUGCCGUCUGGACGUCACCAUAGACGCAAUACCGCGCGCGACGCCGGCACUGUGCCGGUACUGUACCUGAUGCCGUCCCAGAGGCGGCCGAGGAGGGUGGAAGAGAGGGCGCGCGGACGCCGCGCACCUGUGUUCGCGCGCGCGCGCCGCCGCGGCGCCAUUCUGCUCGCGCGCUAAGAAUUGCGCGCGAGUGCUAGGUCCGCGGCAGGGUCGCGCCGGCCGGCCCGUUCACCGGCGUUGUGUUGUGCGCAGUGAGUGUACGGCGGCACACCGCGCGCCUGCGGUAGGUGGCAAGAGAGAUAGUGUUGGCUCUCUGAUAUUGUCUACCUCAGUGGUGGAGUAUGUGGAUCGUGAAUACUUCUGUGUCAAUAAAGACAUGCGCAGACGCUCAGCGGAGGCGGCGGAUUGUGGGGUGGGAAUUUCCUGGCGUCGCUGUGCGUAUUUUUGCAGCUGUAAGCGUAUUUAAGGAGCACGUUCAUGUCUGUGUAGUGGCUCAGAGAUGAAGUCAUAUCUCUGGCGCUUUGUAUGACAUUAUAGGGAACCUGAGUGGCAUGCCAAAUGCGCUAAAUCCCUGUCUGCUGAGAGCUCUCGGAUCAAUGCAGAUAUGGUGAACUGUUGCUGCGUUGAAUGGCUGCUUUGAAGCAUCCCAUCCGACCGUUCCUAACCGUUUCUGACAAUAGCCUACCCUCUAUUGUAGCUGACGGUGUUGCCAAUUGUCAAUGUUCUUGUCUUGAUAGCUAUGAGAACAGUAAUGAUAUGAUUGACCUCGGCUGUCUAGCUGAGUUCUGGCUCAUGUUUUAUCCCGUUCUAUGACAUCUGUUUUUGUAUUUGAACUUAAGACUUUUGUUCAGUGCUGAAUUGAUCUCACGCAGAUCAUUCUUUACGGUCUCGGCAGCGCUGUUCCGGAGCUCACGCCUCCCUAAACGACUUUGUAAUUUUACGAUUACAUAUGUUGCUUGCAUCAUCACACUUGGUAGAUGUGUGAUGGCAAUGUUGGGUGUACUGAUGAACUGUUGGAUGGAUAUUGGACAUUGACAUGUUGUAAUAUUUAACCUCGCUCAGUGUAAAUAUAGUCAACGUUGGCAGCAUCAGGUGGUAUUCAAAUAUAAAACAAACAACCAAA